UAUAAUUGCAAAUCCUAGGAAACUGUGUCAAAAAUGUCGACUCGAAAAGUGUUUAUCCGUGGGAAUGAGAAAGAUAAUGAAUUAUCACUGGUAACCACAAACGCUUAUGACUUGAAUCUGUCGGUCAUACCUGUUAUGAAACCCAUCACUGAUUAUAACAAUCAGUUCAAUGAAUUAGAGGGCAAUCGGUUGACUGAACUGUUGGAUGCCCUCAAGAUUAUGAUGAACCCAAUGGUCAACGUUAAUGAUAAUAUGAUUAUAACAAUCAGUUCAAUGAAUUAG